AUGACCAUCGACGUCGCCCCCCACCUCUUCUCGCCCAUUAAGGUCGGCGACCUUGAACUCAAGCACCGUAUCGUCAUGGGCCCCCUCACACGGAGCCGCUCCCCGAAAGAGGUCGCCAACACCCUCAACGCCGAAUACUAUGGCCAGCGCGCAACGGACGGCGGUCUCCUCAUCAGCGAAGGCACCUCCCCAUCUCUCACCGCCGCUGGAUACCCCAACGUCCCCGGCAUCCUGACCGAGGAGCAAUCAAAAGGCUGGAAGCUGUCCACCGCCGCUGUCCACGCGAAGGGCGGAUACAUCUACGCCCAGCUGUGGCACACGGGCCGCGCCGGCAAGUCGGAAUUCCAGCCCGAUAAGAAGGCACCCGUGUCCGCCUCGGCGAUCCCUAUCGACGGAAAGGAGACCCCCCGCGCCCUCGACCUCGACGAGAUCAAGUACGUCGUGAACGAGUUCCAGACCUCCGCGAAGUGGGCGCGCGAGGCUGGGUUUGACGGGAUCGAGAUCCACGCUGCGCAUGGGUACCUCAUCGACCAGUUCUUGCAGACGUCGUCGAACAAGAGGGAUGAUCAUUACGGAGGAUCGAUUGAGAACAGGGCUAGGUUCUUGUUUGAGGUUGUUGAUGCGGUGUUGAAGGAGCUGCCCGCUUCUAAGGUCGCAAUCCGUCUGUCGCCAUGGCUGGGAAUCCAGAAUGUGAGCGAUGAGGACCCCGAGACCUUGUUCAAAUACGUUCUUGUUAAGCUGAACGCUUACAAGCUCGCAUACAUCCACCUCACCGAACCCGUCUGGGGUGGAUGGCAACAGGGGCCUCCCCACUCCCAAUCCAAGCUCCAAAUCCUCCGCCCGCUGAUCACCUCCCCCACCAAGUUGCUCCUCACCGGCGGCUACACCCUCGAAACCGGCGAGGAAGCCGUCGCCGCCGGCCGCGCCGACAUCAUCGGGUACGGUCGUCCCUUCAUCACCAACCCGGACCUCGUCGAGCGGUUCCGGCUUGGGAAGCCGUUGACGGACUAUUCGGACCCGAGCAAGUACUAUGGUGGAGGUCGCGAGGGGUAUGCGGAUUACCUCACGUGGGAGGAGGAGGAGCAGCGGAAAGAGAAGAAGGAGAAGCUUAUUCCGGGGUCGGGGGCUACGCACUCCAAAUACUAG